CUCGCCACAAAAUAAAAGUUGCUGUUGGAGAGAAAAGAUACGUAACGGAUACGAUCGAAGUUAAAGUGAAAGGUGUGUGUGUAUACCAAUUUCCCAAACAAAGAAAUCGACGAAAUGGUGGCGUACUAUGAUGAGUGCGACGCAACUAAAAAUCCUAAGACCCUAACUGACUGGGUGCGUAACUUCCGCGUUAAGCGUCAGAAAAUGCGUCGCAAAUUGAGGGGCGCUGGUAGCGACCUGCGCGUGAACGCCAUUUUGUCGACAGCCCUGUUACACGCGGAGCACGAGCUGCGUAGAAAACAGCAAGAGCGUUUCAGUCGCUGGCUGGAGAUGCAGACUCGAUUCGUGCCCCAUGGUAGGACUCAUUGUGCCAGCGACGCUGAUUUGGCGGCUGUUACGAGCGCCAAGGCUGCUGCGGUAGCGGAGGCGGAGAGUAAUUUGUGGAGCAGCGAGCUCAGCGGCCUCGACAGUUUUAUGCGCAGCCUGAGCAGCAACAACACCGGAACGGCCAGCAACAACAGCUGCGCCAUUACAGUUACUAGUUAGAAAGAGAUGACUGUAUAGUGUUCACGCUGUGUCUGUAUGCGUGACUGACACAUGCUCAAAAUGGUGGCAGGAAGAAAAAAGACUAGAGUUUUCGAAUCGAAUCAUUUACCUUUAUGUAGCAUUGAUCUUUGUUAAACUAGUUUUAUCACGACAACCAAUUUCUCAUUUGCAGUCGCAAUAUUAUAGAUUGUAAUGAAAAAGUGAAGGAUUGGAAGAGUGUGAAGAGGCGCUGAACCAACAGCCUUCGAAUCGAGAAUGGUGUGAGUCACGGGUGCUGCCACCAGAGAUCCAUGUGAAAAUCCACCAAGCAGCCUUUGGUCCCGGAGCACACUCGUUUCCUGCUCCUCGCACGUUAAUGGCAACGAUGAGGAGGAACGGAAAAAACAAACUACGUCGCAGUCGUCCACUGAAUGAAAACGAAUUCCGGUACUGGUAGAGAUCUACAGACACAACGAAUGCGAUUAUCGGUGGUAACGAAGAAACCAGUUCGUCAUAGCGACGAUGGCGUUGCGUUUUGAGUAACUGAGUGAGUCCUCUACGUCUGUCCGAAUGAAUCCCACCUCCACCGCAAGGCAGUGAGUUCCGCAAACCAGCCGAUGGCCGAUUGUGUACAGAUCGCUGGAGCAGGGAGCAGCAGCAGCAAACACCACCGAGUCUCCUCUGCAUGGUAAUGCCAUUGAAAAAUGCCCAUGUUAUUCAGUCGCUGCGGACAGAACAUUGGGGACAAGGCGGAAUGCGCGCAGCAGCAGCUCCAGCUCGCAUCAGCUAACCUGCGUUUGAACCAAUAGUGCUUUCCACCGACUGCCAGCCACUACCACCACCUACUCUGCAUAGAAUGCUUCGCAGCUGCUGACCACCACCCACCCAUCCACACAGUUACACGGUAUUUGGUAUAUCAGCUGCGAACAAAAUAUUGCUUUUUGAACAGAUUUACAGUGAAAAGAACAGCGGAGCAGUCGUGCAUCAUCAAUAUAACAUUCUUCGUCUUCGGCGGAUCGGAUUUUAAGGACAUUCUCUCGUAACUUCGCACGUAAGCCGUCUGGCAAUAUUCUGUCGAUAUACACUUGAAUUUCAGGCGUCGGUUUCUCAUGAUUGAUUUGGGUUAUCAUCUUCCAACUUUUUUCGCUCGGCAAUUUCGUUGGACGUCUUUCUUAACUUUUAUGAUUUUGGCAGGCAAAGAUUGGACCUUAGAUACAUAUAUUCGCCUACCUGUCUUUCUAAUCAAUAGGCUACCAAAGCCUGUUUUAAUCUUUGUAGCGGCAUGAAACAGUUGAUCGGUUCCUGUACGUGCCAGUGUGCGAUGCGCUCCAUUUUAUUCUUCACUCUCCAAAUGUUCGAUGUCUUGAGAGCACCAUCAGGGGAUAUUCAAUGACAUUGAACCGCAACACGACCUAAAGAGUUUGUAGACUAGGGUCAAGCAUCAUUUUCGUUUAUUUUUCUAGCGAUGCUGCGCAGUUGAACGGUGCCUGCGUGCAUCUGCAUGAAAGAAAGGAGGGACCGUGUGCGGCGGACGAUGUCAGUAUUUUUUUUAUUGAGUUCUGGAGUUCGGAGGCCAGAAAAAUCAAUGGGAUAAAAACCAAGGCGUAAAUCGUUUUUGAUAUUUAAACUCGAUCAAAAUUUGCCGAUAUAUUAUUUCUAGAUUAUGGCACUAAGCAACUCAGAAAACGGAUUGCUACUACAGUCGCCUGGACUAACAGCAGAAUUAUAAAAGCUAAGACAUUUGCAACAUGUUUUUUCUUGUAUUUUUUAGAAAUACAUAUUCGUCAACAGCUAUGCAGGGGAAUCACAAGUCUGCGCUAAUUGGGUGGCCCACCCAUCGCAUGUAAAUUCUUGUUUCUAUUAUAUAUCCAACAAAAUAUUUCUGUCUUAUAGCGAUAUGGCUGCAGUAGAAUGUGCCUGCGCAUAUCUAUCCGUAGCAUACCCUGAGUUAUUGACUUCAAAAGAAACUUCAAUCGGAUAUACCUUUCAUCUUUCAAACCGUGUGAUCGAUUUUGGAGCAACAAAAUAAGCAUUUCCCCAUGACGUUCCUCUUUAUUCAACUUUAAUAAAGUAGUGACUCAUUAAUAUAUUCAUUACAGUGUUGCUACCAAAACAUGAGGGAAAACUUGAAAUCAGAAGAUAAAGGGACUUGUGGAGCAUCUAAACUAUCAACUUUAAGAAAUAUGCAAUCGAAAUCCAUCCAUUUUCUUAUUUAUAGAAGUUUUGGAGAACAGUACAGAUUCAAGGGAACUAAACGACAGCUAUUAAUGGACCAUUAAUUUUUAGUAUUUCGUACGAAUGUGUUUGUAUUAUCUCAUCCGUAAACUUGUAAACCGGAAGCAACAACAAAUCGCCGAUUCUUGGGUCCUGACAGUGUAUGAGCCACAUUUUGUGUAUUCACAAGCGCAGCUUUAACUAAAAUUUUCCCCCUUCGAAAUGAUCUAGAGGCUUAUUUCUGAAUUUAUUUCAGUGUUACAAACAUGAGCUUCUUGCAGUACCCCUAUCUAUCGCACCACCGAGAACAUGUAGCAAAAUUUCUGAGGCAAUGGGAAUCAAAUGCCAACUUGAAAGCAAUAACACCAACACUUAGUCGUCGCAAUUCAACAUCCAUACUACACGUCGAAUUCGAAUUAUAAUGCAGGUCAGGUGUAAUCAAAUCAGAUCCCGCUUAUACCUGAUUUUCAGCAAUAUUUCGGGCCAUGAAGAAGAUCCUUUAAAAGCAGGACCGACGUCUUAGCCGGGGCCCUUAUGACCCUCCUCAGAGUGAGAGCCUUAGCAGUCUUAAAUUUAUUUUCGACUUUUUGCAGCGGUGCCGCACAGUUGAGUGUGCCUGUGGGCAUCGAAUUGACUAUAUUCGACCCGAUAGGAAAGUCCACGCCUUGGACUGGUCCGACGACGAACACAUGCACCGCCCCUAGCUUGCCGUUCCCAUUGCUGUGCUGCUGCAAAUCGUUAAAGGGAACCCAAAACGAUGCAUCAAGUCCAUCCAGUUAGGCUUAAUUUAGAAAGUACAGCGCGAAGCCGCCACGUCACCUGUUGAUGCAAACGGUCACAAUGCGUAUCGAGUGUUAUCGAGCAUUACAAAAACGGCGUCCUGCCGCCUGGGCUGAUUGUGAAACUUAUGUUUUUAUAUUACAGCGAAGUUCUCAGCCGUGAAGGUCGCUAUGGAGUGCCCAGCACACCGUUAUUCCGACAGCGCCUGGCCCUGCAGUCCCAAUCGAAUUCUGGUGCCUCCCGGCAAAAAAAUCCACACGGGCAUUGUGAGAGGCCAGAUUUGGAGCGACAUCUGGCGCUGUGAUAUACUAAGUUGAGCCUAUGCACAUAAGGCAUUGCACCGCACAGACAUGUGCGUUCGGUCCACGCUAAAGGGAAUCAAAUGCGUUUGGACCGAGAGCCGCUACACCGCACCAUCACCAGUAAUCGCUGAGAAGUGAGCUGAUGUGUUGUCGUUGUUACAAGGGCUGCUGCUGCAACUGCGUCACAGGCAUCCUCGCCUAGCGUCGCUAACUAUCACAUAUCACUUUCAGCCAUCGACCACGUUUAUCAUUGAACGUUGAUUGACCUUCAGACUGAGCAGAAGCUUAUGAUAGCAAGUCGAUUACCGCAAAUGUGAAACUUAGAUAAACCGCCCGAAUUCAAAUCUUAAGAUGUGCAGCAGCAGCAGUUGGAGUCUGUUGGUCAAUCCAAAAUAGCCUUAUCCGGACUCGUCGCUGACUCGCUGAACGGAGCGCAGGAGAAGCGAAGCACGUUAAUCACCUUUAUUGGGGAUUUCGUUUUACUUGCACUUUCCUUCCGUAGGUUGCCCAUAAUUCGAGAACAAUUAUAUCCAUCGCAAAGGGAAACAAAUGCGAUUAGUGUUCGAAGACCGAGUUGGGUGGCCAAUGGGUCACACCACGCUCCGCCAGUUGAGCCCAUAACUCCUGGCUCGCCGAUCAUCGUACCGCAAAAGGGAAUCAAUUGCGAGAUGGUACUACAGCAGUCGAGCUUCCCGUUGAGCUCCUGGUCACCUUCUUCACUUCAUCAUAAAUAUCGUAAAGGGAAUCCAAUGCGAUGUACAGCGACAGCGGCAGGCAGGGUAACCAAAGGCUAAGGUAUAUGAGCAGAAUUCUAGUCGGUGCAUUUACGCUUUCAGGAACGUCCACAACCCUCACAAACUACUCCGCAUGUGUCUAAAUCUGGCUGCAAUGCCAGGCGCGCCUUCAAGCUAAUCAUCAUGUUGGUCUCAAAGGGAAUCCAAGAGACACGCGCCCCGCGGUAUAGCCUACUGAAUAGUUUUUUCCUUAAAACUAUCAUUGCAGCUUGCUGAUUUAAUUUAACAUUACUAUCCCAACCCACAUUGAAAUUUAUGGAAUUGUAAAGAAAUGUGUCACCAUAUUUUUUCUGUUAGUUUUUCGUAGAUGUUAAUAUAUUUUUUUUUUCUAAGUGAAUUGUUAAAUUGCAUUGUAGGUAUUGAAAACCAAGAAAUGUAAGCCCUUGCCGUAAGGGCGAAUUGAGAGACAUGUAACCUUUCUGAAAAAUGCAACAGGAUUCAAUAGAAUCCUAGGCUUAGUCCAGAACUAGCAGUAAAAACCAAUUUAAUAGCGGGACCCCUUUUAGGACGAGAACGAUUGCAAAAAGCUGUUAGAUGUGGAAGCUCCGCACAGAGACCCUUCGAGGAUCAGCGCCAAGACAGGAAGCAGGGAAAGCAGAAGCAGAGAGGCACAGGCCGUGUUGACGAUAAAUAUCUUCGAAUUUGCACCUACUGAUUCCGAGCUGUAAUCACUGGGCUUCUAUUCAUCAAAUUUUUAUCUUUGGCCCAUUUGGAGAAGACAGACUAGUAGCGACGUAGACGACACACGUAGCACACACCUUGAUCAUUUUUCAUAUAAGAAGUAUUAAAUCCUACGUUGGAUCAUCCUUUAAAUGACAGUGGAUCAAUUCUUCGUCAAACACCAUUUCGAUCGACCCGCAACCGAUUUUUCGAUCUCGUACUAUUGGCUUGUGAUAGCUCUUGAAUUUCUGCUGUUUUCGGCAGUGAACCCUAUCUACGCGUCGACGCUCCAAUUGGAUUUCAUUCAGCUUUCGCUUCGCUACACACUGGUCGAUUCAUUUUUCUCUGUGAAAUCCCUUCGUAAUGAUAUUAGAUUUGUUGGAGCAUUGUUCUUUAAAUUGUAAUACACCGUUGGAACAAUUUGACGGCGGCGUGGGAAUCUAUUAGGACGGCGGCGUGGGAUCUCCGACUACUGAUGACGGCGAUGGACGUUGAGGACCUCCGAUAGACUGCGGCGAGGGAUUUAAAGUUUGCAACGUGGGAUUAUUAGGGCGUUUAGACGAGGGCGCUAGGGACAUUCUUCUUAAAAUAAAUGGGAAUUGCAAGAAUAAUGUUGACUGCGGCGAUGGAGGCUGGCGCCGUGGGAUGCCAAUUUUGGGACUGCGGCGGGGGAUAACGAAAUAAGGACUGCAGCGAGGGAUCUGUGGUUUUUGACUGCGGCGUGGGAAUACUUGACCGCGGCGAGGGACGACAGGACUGCGGCGGGGGAACCUUUGACGGCGGCGAGGGAUGCUCUUCUGUCGAAUAACUUCAGAUUUGAUACAUAGUUGUUUUCCUGGCGUCAGACAUUGCUUACACAGAAGUACUCUAUUGCAAGUUCAAAGCUGAUAUACUGAUAUUCGAUGCGGUGAUGGGCGUCAUCACCGCCCCCAAAUGUUUGCACCCCUAACAGAGCCCAUUAAUGGAAAAUUUAUCAUUUGUAUACACGUUUAUUUAUUCUUCUGGAAUACCGGAAAGCAACUUCGAUAUGUAUGCCAACAAACUGAUUGCGGGCAUCGGACUUUAAUGCACAAUAAAUUGAUUUUUGAAAAAAUUAAAA